AUGAGUAAGGCACAGGAGAAGCAUACAAAGAGGCUAGCAGACUCUCUCACCACACCAGAACAUAUCCAGGAAGCGUUGGCUAAAGUAUUCCAAGAGUCACAAUCAAGUCUUGCAGGUCAUAAGAAACAAGUUAUUUUAUUGAAAACAAUCCAACAAAGAGCUUUUGAAUUGCAUCAUGAGGACAGUUUCAACUAUUUCUUCUGUAAAUUGAUCAAUAAGGUGUUGGUAUUGAAGAAAUCAGAACCAGUUGGUGAUAAAAUUUCUAAAUUGGUGGAGAAAUUUAUUGAUUCUUUAAAUAAAUUAUAUGAAGAUGAUCCAGAUGAUGAUAAUCUGUUUACAAGGUUCAUUCAAUAUUUGAUUACUCAUUUACUUAGAGGUAUUGAUUCCAAAGAUAAAAAUGUUAGAUAUAGAGUUGUUCAAUUUUUAAAUUAUGCUAUUGCUGGUCUGAAUGAUAUUGAAGAAAAUUUAUAUCAAUCACUUUCUUGGGGGUUAGAUAAAAGAAUAUUUGAUAAAGAACCAUCCAUUAGAAUAAAAGCUCUUCAUUGUGUUGCUAGAUUUCAAGAUCCUGAUUCAACAAUUAAUAAAUUAGAUGAAGCUACUGCAAAACUUCUGGUUGCAAUUCAAAAUGAUCCAAGUCCAGAAGUUCGUCGAGCUGCUUUAUUAAACUUACCUAAAACUGAAUUAACUAAAAAUUAUUUAUUAGAAAGAGCAAGAGAUACAAAUUUCAUCAACAGAAGAUUAGUUUAUUCCAAAAUUAUUAAACAAUUGGGUGAUUUUAGAACUAUAGAUUCAAGUUAUAGAGAAAAACUUUUAUUAUGGGGUUUAAAAGAUCGUGAUGAAUCUGUUCAAAAAGCUUGUGUUCACAUGUUAUCAUAUGAUUGGUUAAACACUAUUGAUGGUGAUUUACUAGAGUAUUUACAAAGAUUAAAAGUUCAAGAAAGUGAAGUUGGUACUUUAGCAAUGAAACAUUUUUUCAUUAAUAGAAAAGAUCUUAUUGGUAAAAUUUCAUUUACUAAAGAUAUUUGGUUAGAUCUUUCACCAGAAACUGCCUUUUUAGCAAGAUCUUUUUAUUAUCAUUGUUAUGAAAAUACAUUAAAUGAUGCUAUAGAUUCAAAUUUCCCAGAAUCUGCAGAAAUGGCAAAUUUAUUAAUUCAAUAUCUUCAAGGAAGAAAAAAUUUAGAAAAAUUAGAAUAUGCUGCAGAUUUUGAUUUUAUAAUUGAACAACUUUUAACAAUUAGUAUAAAUUAUGAUUUUAGUGAUGAAAUUGGUAGAAGAGCAAUGUUACAAGUUAUUAGAUCUUCUUUAACUAAUGAUAGACUUACAUCAAAAUUAAUUAAAGUUUCUUUACAAGUUUUGAGAAAAUUAUCAAUUAAUGAAAAGGAUUUUUGCUCCAUGGUUAGUGAAAUUAUAACUGAUAUUAGAGAUAAUGAUCUUGAUCAACAAGAAGCUAAUGAUGAAGGACAACAAGAGCAAGACCAAGAUCAAGAAGAACAAGAUAAUGAAGAAGAACAAGAGCAAGAUCAAGAUCAAGACCAAGACCAAGAACAAGGACAAGAUCAAUAUAAAAUUAAAGAAAGUAAUAAAGCUAUAAUACAUUGUUUACAAAUCACUAAAGCAAUGUUGGAACAAAUUCAUGAACCAUCAAAGGGUAAUAUCUCUAUAACUUCAUUACUUGAUACAUUAAUUCAUCCAGCUGUUAAAAUUCCAUUAACUGAAAUAAGGGAAUUAGGUACUGAGGCUUUAGGUUUAUGUUGCUUAUUAGAUGCUGAAUUAGCUACAGAAAAGCUGUAUCUUUUCGGGUUCUUUUUAUCAAGAGGUCAUGUUGAUUUGAAAAUAAUUUCAUUGAAGAUUAUGUUUGAUAUUCUGUCAGUUCAUGGAGCUAAAGUUUUAGACGUUCAUGAAGGUGUUGAUUCACUAUCACUGCAUAAACUGUUAUAUAGAACAUUGAAAGAUAAAGAUAAUAUGGAGCUGCAAGCUUUAGCUGCUGAAGGGUUAUGUAAAUUAUAUCUUGCAGAUAUUUUAUCAGAUGAUGAACUGUUUGAAACUUUACUUUUGACUUAUUAUAAUCCAGAAAAUAGUAAGAAUCAAGCAAUGUUACAAGCAUUUACUUUUUGUUUACCAGUUUAUUGUUUUUCUCAUCCACAACAUCAAGAAAGAAUGAGUAGAGUUGCUGCUGAUGGUUUUAGAAGACUUUAUGAAACACAUACAAAUGAAAUUUCUGAAGAAGAAGAAAUGGUUAUGGUUUCACCUUCAAUAAUUAUUCAACAAAUUAUACAUUGGACAGAUCCAAAUAAUGUUGUUAAUCAAGAAAAAGAAUAUGUUGAAACAUCUCCUUCACAUGUUAAUUUAGCAAGAAAUUUAUUAGAAACAUUUGAUUCAAUUGAAAGUAUAAAAUAUAGAAAACUUAUUUUACAAAGUUUAAACAAAUUGUAUAUUGGUGAUAAAGUUCCAUUUGAUAAUUUAAAAGAGUUAUAUGAAAUGUGUGUUGAAUGGUCAAGUGGAUUAAUUGAUCAAGAUACUCCAUCUAAAAAUUCUUUCAAUAAAUUUUAUGUGAAAAUUGAAGAAUUAUAUCUUUCAAUUCAAAGUAAAGAAUCAGAAAAAAUUACAGAUGAAGAUCAAGAAUAUUCUGUUAUUUUAGAGAAGCAUGGUGAAGAAGAAGAAGCUGAAAAAGAUGAAGUUGAUGAAGAAUUUGAACAAGAACAAAGUAGAAUUAUUGAAGAGAGUCAAAAAUCAGAUCAUCCUGCUCUAGAUAUUGAAAGUGAUCAAAAUUCUGAUAAUGAAGAUCAACAUUCAAAAAUUUCAAAAACAUCAAAUACUGAAGAAUCAGAUGAAGAAGUGGAGGAUGCUAAUAAUAAUAAUCAUUCAAUUCAAAAUCAUGAACCAUCCAAAAUAAAAUCUAAAGCUAAUCAGUCAAGUAUAGAUGAAAGUGAUGAUGAUAAUGAAGAUGAUAGUAGGUUUGAAAGUUUUGCAGGUGAUGAAACACCAAGUGAAGUUAGUGUUGAUUUUGAUAAUGAUGGAGAUUAUUCAAUGGAAUAA